GCUCGCCGACAGGAAUAAAGCAGACUAUGAAAAUGUCUCGUGUGCUCAGCCCCUCCACGCGGUGAUGAUCUUGCCUUGCCCCGCACAUCUGUACUCAUCGCAGCCAGUGGACCUGUGGGGAGCCCGGGAUGUGGAGCAACACUACCCUCAGCUCCGGUGAGCGCAGCAACGAUUCCGUGACAGGGGCCGAACAAUGUACUUCGGUGUCUAUCGCCUUCCCGGUCACCAUGAUGGUCACCGGCAUCGUGGGCAACACGCUUGCCUUGCUCCUAGCGUACAGUUCCUAUCACAAGCAGGGGAACAAGAAGAAGAAGUCCUUCUUGAUAAUUAUUGGAGCUCUGGCUCUAACCGACCUGACCGGCAAACUUCUCACUAGUCCCGUCGUCAUUUCAGUGUAUCUAGCCAACCGGCAGUGGGACAGAGUGGACUCAUCGGGUAAUUUGUGCGCUUACUUCGGCGCAUGCAUGACUAUGUUUGGGCUUUGCCCCUUACUUUUAGCUAAUGCUAUGGCGAUUGAGAGGACGUUGGCCAUCUAUGCACCCCACUAUUAUUCCAACCACGUGUCCACCAGGCUCACCAAGCUGGUGGUGCUUUCCAUCUGGGUCGCCGUGGUGUUCUUUGCCAUGCUGCCGGUCGUCGGCGUUGGGAAAUACUCCCUACAAUGGCCGGGUACUUGGUGUUUCAUCAAUAUUGGAAAGCCUGCCUCGGGCAUCAACUUCUUUGCUUCGGCGUUCACCGUGCUGGGCAUCAUUUCCUUGCUGGCCACACUGGCCUGCAAUGUCGCCACGAUCCGGGGUCUGGUCGUUCGCUGCAGGAGGAAGGUGCCGUCCUCCAAUACGCAGUGGGAAAGGAUCGCAGUGGAGACUCUGAUCCAGCUGUUGGGGAUCAUGUGCGUGCUCACUGUGUGCUGGUCCCCUCUCCUGAUAUUGAUGCUGAAAAUGAACUACAUCGAAAGUUCGCCUGCGGACUGCUCCAUUUCAUCAGCCGUGUCAUCAAUCUCCAGCACUGAGCCACAAAGUGAUUGCAAUUCUCUCCUCACAGCAAUUAGACUAGCUUCAUUAAAUCAGAUCCUUGACCCCUGGGUUUAUUUGCUGCUCCGGACAAUCCUAUUAAGGAAGGCACAUCAGGUAGCCAAUGCGGUUACUAAUUGCUCGGUAGAGGGUUUGAAAGAGAUUCCAGUAACAGCUGAAACAAGGGUCCAUUUGAAAGGACAACCAUAAAUCAAUGCCUUACAACCUGAUUGAUGGCAGGAUGAGGAAAAUUUGAACCCUCUGUUGCCUUUAGACUGUGCAUGUAAACCAGCUCUUAUAAAUUUUGAGAAAAACUUUGUUUUAUCUGAGCUGCUGGAUUAAUGAAUCUAAAGUUUGUAAAUAUUCCUUAUAAAUCGUUUACCUCUCAUUACAUUUGAUGGUUGGCACAGUGGAGAUGCGACAGCCUAUUGUAUAUGGAUUCUACAGGUAGUUCCCCUCAGUUUAUCUGUAAUAUAAGAACAUUUAUUUUAAAAAAACAGAGAGGAGCUGGAGAGAACAUUUGCAAAUGUAAUGAUCGAAUGUACAUUGCUGGAAAUGGAAACAGAAUUAAUAAUAACUUCCUAAAAGGAAUUAGCUAAAUGAAUGGAUUGACAGGAGUUUUUGGAAAGAGCAGAAGAAUUGGAGUAGUUAGAAAGUUAAGGAUUCAGCAUAAUAACAAUUGGCUUUGGUUCCAUGAGGUAUUAUUGCCAAUUUAGACCUGAACAAGAAUGUUGAGAAAAGAUAAAGAAUGCAGCAAAAAGAAUUAAAAAGUUCACGUUUGAUUUGAAGAGGAAUGAGUCAAUGCACAAAUCAAUGUGUGUGUCUCAGAAUUUAAUCACAUGUUUGUGCCAAGUUCACUGAUUUAUGUGUACUGGUGUAAGAACACCAUAUUUGGCUCAUUUAUUCUGGAGCUUUGAUCCUGAUUUAACCAGUGAUAAUACUUUUCUUUCCCUUUCUUUUUACUGUGCUGCUAUAGCAUUAUGGAGUAAUGGAGCACAGAAACAGGUCCUUGGGAUUGAUCCAUGCCAACCUAAAUGCUGAUCUAACCUAGUCCCGUUUGCUCAUAUUUGCCCAUAUUUCGCCAAACCAGGAGUUCCCAACCUUUUUUAUAUCAUGGACCAACACCAUUAAGCGAGGUGUCCAUGGACCCCAGGUUGGGAACCACUAUCUAUUCAUCUGUCCAAGUAUCUUUUAAAUAUUUUACUGUACCUGCCUCUACCAGUUUCUCGGGCUGCUCAUUCUAUAUGUUCCCCAUUCUCUGCAGGAAGUUACCCCUCAAGGCCAUUUUAAAUAUUUCCUCCCUCACUUUAAACCAAUGCCCUUUAAACCUUUUCUUUAACAGUCAGUCAAGUUUAUUAUCAUAUGCACAAGUACAUAUAUGUACAGAUGCAAUGAAAAACUGACUUACAGCAUCAAUGAUACGAAACAUGAGAUAAGCAACAUUCUGUUUCUCCAGGAAAGCAUUCACCCUAUGUAUGGUUCCCAUCUUUUUAUAUACCAAUUUUGCCCUAAUCAUUCUUCUAAAGUUUAUUUACUUAUUAGGUAGCUGCAUAGCUAAUGGACAGCCAGGAAAUUACAGAGAACCUCUGUCUUGUGUCAAGUAAUAGCUCAUAUGAAAUAGGAAUUUCAUACUUGGGAAGAAGACAGCAGCAUCAAAACGGAUAAGGAAGUUUUAAAAGAAUGAUUAUAUGCUUCGAUGUCUAAUACAGAACUGCUGACUAACUGCAUUCAGAAGUAUCUAAACAAUGUUCUGUCUGUAAAAGUUACCAAUAUAUAUGCAUAUGAUAACUGUAGAAUUUAAAGGCAGUAUUAAAUAUUUGCACAUAUAGUGUUGUAGUUAAUGUGGUAAUUAUUUUGAUUAUAUAAUUCAGAAAUCAAUUACAUAUAAUUAAGACCAUAGACCAUAAGACAUUGGAGCAAAAUUAGACUGCUCCACCAUUUCAUCGUGGCUGAUCCAUUUCCCCUUUCAACCCCAUUCUUCUGUCUUCUCCUUGUAACCUUUCAUGCCUUGACUGAUCAAGACUCUAUCACCCUAUGCCAUAAAUAUGCAAUGACCUGGCCUCCGUAGCCACCUGUGGCAACAAAUUCCAAGAUUCACAGCCCUUGCUAAUGAAAUAUCUCCUCAUCUCCAUCUCCAUGGUCGUUCCUUAAUUCUGAGGCUGUGCACACUGAUUCGAACCUUCCCCCACUAUAGGGAUCAUUUUCUUCAUGUCCACUCUGUCUAGGACAUUCAACAUUCAAUAGGUUUAAAUGAGAUCCCUCCCCACCUCAUUCUUCAAAAUUCCAGCAAGAAAAGGCCCAGAGCCAUUGAUCGCUCCUCAUAAAUAAACCUUUCAUUUCCAGAGUCAUUUUUGUGAACCUCCCCUGAACCCUCUCCAAUGUCACAAAUCCAUUGUUCGAUCAGUGGUCCAAAACUGUUCAUAAUACUCCAAAUGAGGCUCCACCAGUGCCUUCUAAAGCCUCAGCAUUACAUCCUUGCUUUUAUACUCUAGUUCUCUGGAAAUGUAUGUUAACAUUGCAUUUGCCUUCCUCACCAUCAACUCAACCUGCAAGUUAACAUUUAGGGAAUCCUGCAGAGGACCCGCAAGUCCCUUUGCACCUCAGAUUUUGAAUUUUCUCUCUGUUUAGAAAAUAGUCUAUGCAUUCAUUCUUUCUACCAAAGUGUAUAACCAAUACUUCCCAACAUAGUAUUCCAUCUGCCUCAUAUUUGCCCAUUCUCCUAAUUUGUCUAAGUCCUUCUGCAGCCUUUCAGUUUCUACAUUACCUGCUCUUCCACUUAUAUUCAUAACGUCCACAAACUUGGCCACAAAGCCAUCAAUUCCAUUAUCUAAAUCAUUAAUAUAAGAUGUAGAAAGAAGUGAUCCCAACACUAACCCUUGUGGAACACCACUAGUCACCGGAAGCCAACAAGAAAAGGCUCCCUUUAUUCCUAUUCUUUGCUUCCUGCCAAUUGGCCACUGCUUUAUCCAUGCUACAAUCCUUCCUGUAAUUUCACAGCUUGUUAAGCAGUCUCGUGUGUGGCACCUUGUCAAAGACCUUCUGAAAGUACACAACAUCAACAGAUUUUCCUUCGUCUAUCUUCAGUGCCAGAGACCCAGUUGCUGUGGUUCCCCACCCACCCCCCACCCCAGUCCGUUAUCUCCUCCAAAAGUAUCCAAAGCAGGGUUACUCUGCACUGGCCAUUCAUUUCCUUUCCCUCACCUGACAAUCACCCAGGUAUCUGCCUCCUACUUCUUAGGGGUGACUACCUCCCUGUAGCACCUAUCGCCUCCUCAUUUUCCAAUAUGAGCCAAAGGUCAUCGUGCUGCAGCUCCAGUUCCUUAACAUGUUCCCCCAGAAGCUGCAACAAUUAAAUACAGAAUUUAUGUAAUGCAGAUCCAAAAUUUAAUUUGAAGAGUUGUAUUUUAAUCAUAUGGAAUUCAUCAGUGAUAUAUUUUUCAAUAUGGAGUUGUUAUUGUCACUGUAAGAGUGUUAAUUACGUUGCAUAUAUAUGAAAAUGCAGCAUAUAUCCAAUAAAGUUAUCAAUUUGUGUU